AUGGCCUUACUUGGGAGAAUGCUUAUAAUUGUGCAACUCUCUAUGGUUGUGCUAUUAGGGGCGGCAAUAUUUACACCAAUAGCAUCAGCAGCUCAAGCCUUGCUGCCUCAAGCCAAGCCUGGGUGCCCAGAGAAAUGCGGUAAUCUCACAAUCCCCUACCCAUUUGGCAUAGGUGACGGCUGUUACCUCCGACCCGAAUUCAACAUCACAUGCAACCAAGCCAGUACACACCCAACAUACUUGACCAGAAACAACGCGAGCAUUACUAACUUCUACUUUGAUGAGGCUGAGCUGCAAAUAGCACAAUUUGCAGCCUAUAGUUGUCAUGACGCCCUUGGUAAUGCAAUACCCAACAACAGCAACAUCGUAUAUUACCUGAUGCUGCCUCCUCUUUACACCAUCUCCGAAACCAAGAACAAAUUGUUUGUCAUUGGCUGUGAAGCUUUUGCACUUUUGGAUUUGGGGAAAGCAGAGAAAAACAGCCAGGGCUACAGUGUGGCGGCAUGCGACAAAAUUUUAACAAGCACCAACAAAGUUCCCGACACUUGCUCCGGCAUUGCGUGCACCGAAUCUGGCCUCGAUGGUGGAUUGGUAGUCUUUGAGAUGACCCUGAUUAGCUUUGGGGAGCAGAACAGGAAUGAAACGAGAUGGUUCUACGAGGAGUACCCGUGCAGCUACGCCUUCCUUGUGGAAGACUCCAAGUUUACUUAUGCUCCCAAUAAAAGUUUUCAACAGCUCAGCAACAACAAGCAGCUUCCGGUGGUCAUAAACUGGGAAGUUGGGGAUGAGCCGUGUGAUGUAGUUGAAAAGAGCAAUAAUUCUUCAUGCAAGGAAAAUAGCAAAUGUGUGGACCGGUCCAUUGUCCCUGGUAAGCCUGGUUAUAUUUGCAAGUGCUUGGACGGCUACCAUGGAAAUCCAUACCUCACAGAUGGUGGCCAAGAUAUUAAUGAGUGCGAGACUUUAAGUUCAAACCCCUGCAACAAUGGAACUUGCCAUAAUCUAGAUGGAAGUUACUACUGUAAAUGUAAUAGUGGGUACAGAAACCACGGCCCCAAGACUUGCAUACCCGGAACAAAGAACACUACCCUCAAAAUUUCAUUGGGUGUCUGUCUGAGCUUCUUCGUUUUACUGGUUUUAGUCUUUUCGAUAUAUUGCGGAGUGAAUAGAAGAAAGUUCAAGAAACAACAAGAAAAGUUCUUUAAACAAAUUGGGGGCUUACUUUUACGACAACAACUGACUCGAUACAAUCGAUCCAUAGAGACAGCCUCAAUCUUUUCUAAAGAAGAACUGAAGAAGAUGACAGACAAUUACGAUGAAAAGAGAAAGAUUGGUGAAGGAGGGUAUGGACUGGUUUACAAAGGUAUAUUGCCUGCAGAUAAAACAGAGGUUGCCAUAAAAAUGUCCAAAGUCAGUGCCCCAAUUACUGACAGCUUGGAGUUUGCUAACGAGGUGAUUCUUCUAUCUCAAAUCAACCAUAAAAAUGUUGUGAAGCUCCUUGGUUGUUGUUUAGAGACCCAAACACCUAUUCUCGUUUACGAGUUCAUCUCCAAUGGCUCUCUUUAUGAUCACCUUCAUGGAAAAGACAGAAAAGAACAACUUUCGUUGGAAACGCGGUUGAAGAUAGCAUCAGGUACUGCAGAAGCUCUCUCGUACUUGCAUCACUCCAUUUCUAAUCCAAUAAUACACCGAGAUGUGAAAUCAAUGAAUAUACUAUUGGACAAGAAUUAUGUGGCAAAAGUAGCAGACUUUGGGGCUUCACGGUUGAUUCUGGAAGAUCAAAAUCAACUAGAUACUUUAGUGCAAGGGACGAUUGGUUACUUGGACCCUGAAUAUCUUCAGUCAAACAUUCUAACAGAUAAGAGUGAUGUUUAUAGCUUUGGAGUUGUCCUGGCGGAGCUACUCACAGGCAAAAAGGCACUAACCAAGAAAAAAAAUGAGGCAGAAAACCUAGCAAACGUCUUUGAUUGCGCAAUGAAAGAGGGCCGGCUAGCUGAAAUUCUUGAUGCUGACUUAGUUAAGGAGGAACAUAAUUUCGAGACAAUCGUAGAAAAAGUUGCCAAUCUGGCAAACAAAUGUUUAGCGUUAAGAGGUGAAGAAAGGCCUCCCAUGAAUGAAGUAGCCGUGGAGCUCCUGGGAUUAGUGCAAAUUAUGGGAAAGAAUACAGCUGGGGAAAAGGCUGAUGAUAUCCAACGGUCUUCCAAAGAUACCGACCACUUGCUCGGGUCACCUGCUGCUAAUUAUUAUAAUUACGUUUUGGAUGUUAGAGGUGAAGUUGGUGAUAGUGAUUCAAUUGCAACCACUACUGCAAGACGACCAAAGCCAAAUGGUAAAGCCUUACGAUCAUGGUCGUUGAUUUCAACUCCAAUUGCAACAGCAGCUCAAGCCCUCCCUGGCUGCCAAGAUUAUUGUGGCAAUCUCACAAUCCCAUAUCCAUUUGGCAUAGGCCCUGGCUGCUACCUCCAACCCGAAUUCAACAUCACUUGCAACCAAUCCACCCAGGCCCCAACAGCAACUUUGGGGACAAGCAAUAUCAAAAUCACCAACAUAUCCCUUGAAGACGGUGAGCUCCAAAUUCAGCAAUAUGUAGCCGAAGACUGUUACAACGCGGGCAACCGGACCGGCGGAAACGUCCCCAGGCUGCGGGUGUCUCCUCCCUACACCAUCUCCCACACCAAGAACAAAUUCUACGCCCUUGGCUGCAACACGUUAGCGUAUUUUACUGGCUACCGGGGCGACCAAGGGUACACGACGGGGUGCGUGUCCAUAUGUGAUAGUCUAGAUAUGGCUGUUGACGAGCAGGACACUUGCUCCGGCGUAGGCUGUUGCCAAGUGUCCAUCCCUAGCGGACUGAAAAAUCAGACUGUCAUGUUGACAAGCCCUUCAAAUCGCACGGGCGUAUGGGACUCUAACCACUGCAGCUACGCGUUUAUUGUGCAAGCUGACCGCUUCGAAUUCAGUCGUACGAGUUUGCAACUGAUUGAAUAUAGCGACAGAAACAGCAGGAGCCCUAUGUCACGGAUCGCACUUGAGCGUGCCAGCGGAGGCUUCUUGCUUUUACUGGUUGGAAGUUUAUGGAUAUAUUGGGGUAUGCAGAAAAGAAAGUUCAUCAAACUCAAAGAGAAAUACUUCAAAGAAAAUGGUGGCUUAUUGUUACAAAAACAACUCGCUAGUCAAGGAGGCUCUAUGGAAACAACAAAACUCUUUACAGCAGAAGAACUUGAGAAGGCCACGAACAAUUACCACGAAAGUAGAAUCCUUGGUGAAGGAGGCUAUGGAACGGUUUACAAAGGAAUAUUACCAGAUAAAAGCGUGGUUGCUAUAAAGAAGUCAAAAGUUAAUGGUGCGCCAGCUCAGAGUGACGUUUUUAUUAAUGAGGUGAUUGUCCUUUCUCAAAUCAAGCACAGAAAUGUGGUGAGGUUAUUAGGUUGUUGUUUAGAGACACCGGCGCCAUUACUGGUUUACGAGUUCAUCGUUGAGGGCACUCUUUCAGAGCACAUCCAUAAAAAAAAUGGCAAAAGAUCAUCACUUUCGUGGGAGCUGCGAUUGAAUAUAGCGACAGAAACAGCAGGAGCACUAGCAUACUUACACUCCUCUGCUCUCAUGCAAAUUAUCCACCGAGAUGUGAAAGCAACAAACAUACUAUUAGAUGAACAUUACACGGCAAAAGUGUCCGACUUUGGAGCUUCAAGAUUGAUCCCUCUAGAUCAAACUCAACUAACAACGUUAGUGCAAGGAACAUUUGGAUACUUAGACCCCGAAUACUUCCUUACAAAUCAACUGACGGAAAAGAGUGACGUCUAUAGCUUCGGAGUUGUCCUUAUGGAGCUAUUGACAAGCAAAGUGGCACUUUCUUUGGCCAGGCCCGAGGAAGACAGAAACCUAGCCAACUUCUUUGUUCGUUUCAUGGAGGAAGAUCGCUUGAAUGAGGUUCUUGAUGAUGACAUAGUCAACGAGAGAAACGUUGAGACACUAAAAAAGGUGGCAGAAGUCGCAAAAAGAUGUGUAAGGUUAAAAGGGCAGGACAGGCCUAGCAUGAAAGAAGUGGCAAUGGAGCUAGAGGGAAUGAGAGUUACACCAAAGCAACCAUGGGGAAAAUCUGAAGUUUCAAGUCCAGAAGACACUGAGUACUUACUUGGUUCAGCUAUGAAAUCAGACGCUUAUUUUGUGGAUGUUAGAGGUGAUUUUGAUUCUAGAGGUGCAACUAUUGGUACAACCAUUGGAUACGAUAGCAUGCAAAUCCAAAUGGUAAUGCCGUACGAUGGACUAUAG